AUGGCUAGAGAGAACGAUGUACCCAAGACUUCAGCUGCUCCCGGUGCGGAACCGGGCCCCUCGAUCGGCAAGAAGGGUGCUGCAAAGGCUUCAGUCGCGUCUCCAUCAAAUCUCAACAUGGGCAACCGUACUAGUGCCUAUCCGAAAUCGAAGGAGACUCCUCGCCCUACCAAGACCGAAGAAGACAUAGUCUUAUCCCCUCAUCUUGCGUCACAGACAGCAGUCAUAGACAUUAAGGAUGAUGAGGAGGGAGAGGUGUGCCAGAACGUGCAAGGAACCCGCAGUCAACAGGUCAAGCACCUAUCGGCUAGACUUGCGCGCGAUCUGCGCCCAAUGCUCCACGAAUACGUGCGGGAUAAGCUUAAGAGUAAUGCACACUUUGGGUUCUUUGUUCUUCGCGAUGUGGAGGUCAAGACGAUGGAGAGCAUGACGAAUGAGGCCUCGGCGCUCAUUGAGGGCACCCUUGGUCAGAUCGCGAACCCCACGAAGAAUGCUACGAGUCAAGGAAUCGAGCGCGAAACGGAGGUUCCUGGAGAGGCCGCCACCGAGGGUGACUGA